AUGCCGCCAGCAGGCUCGCGCUCGCCAUCACCACACGUCUGGUCCACCACAGACACAGUCCCUACCUUGGCUGACAUUGCACUUCCACCUCGACGCCGCCUGCGCGACGGCUCCACCUCGACCGCCUCGUCCCGCAGCAACGGUACAAGCUCACGGCCACCCGCAAAGUCUGCCAAGCGCACGCGCUCAGAGCGCUCGGGCUCGUCCCGCAGUGACCAUCUAGGCGAUCCUCAAGAUCCCAACCCCAGUGGUGCUGUGCCCUCUCGCACCGCUGAGGAGAGCAGGCGCCUCCCAAAGCUCAACCCUCGUGCCCGUAGCACCUUGUUCUACAGCAGCGAUACCGACAGCGGCAGCGACGGCGACGACAAGGACGGCGCAAUGGAGCGCGAGACGAAUGACGCACAGAAGCGUCAGCGCGAUGAGUACCAACUCCCGCCCGAAGUUGCGCCCACUUCGGCCUCGACACCGUCAACUGGUGAUCCAGGUGAACGCCGAUUCACAGCUCAAGAGAAGGGCAAAGGACGCGCCGUCGCCCCCGCUUCGCCGUCCCCCGGGCCCGAGAUCGUGACAGUUUCCGACGACGAAGAAGAAGAAGACGUCCCAGGAGCCGACUUUGACGAGAGCAUUCAGUUCAUCUCCUCUACACCAGCUUCUGAACCUGUCGCCGCCGAGGAGGAAGUGGAGGGCAUUAUCGACGAAGAUAGCUCCCUGAGCGCCUUUACGUGCCCCGUCUGCUUCUGUGCCCCAACAAACCCGCGUUCACACCAUGCGGUCACGUGCUCUGCUACUCUUGCCUCCACUCGUCUCUCCUCGCCUCCAUCCAGCGUACCCCCAACCCAUGGCCUGCACCCCAAGGUCCGCCACCCUGCCGAGUGGGGUCGGGACGCACUGCGCGACGCCAUCGAGACGGAGCGCGACGACCGACUCCGCGCGGACCUUGCUGCCCAAGGAAUGGACCAGGCCGACGCCGAGGCGGUGAUCGACUUGCACCACGACGAAGCUGAAGUCAAGAUGGAGAACCCACUCAAGGGCCUUUGGGAUCUGGAAGCCGGUUGGGUUAUUGAGGGAGAAUGUCCAGUGUGCCGCAAGCCUAUUGCCGGUGGCCUGGGACCACUGGGCUCUGGCAUCGGCGGGGUCACCGUCAUCGAGACCAGGGUCAUGUUUGCGACGUAG